AAGAAACACAACCAGCUUCUUUCUGGCAGCAUUUCCUGGAGGAGAACACAGCUUGUUGGUGGGUCGGGCGGAGGAGAGAUCUGACUUGUAGCAAUGCCCGAAGCAUAAUGUAUAUGCCCACUCUCACAGACAGAGAGCAGGGUGGGAAGAUAUUGCCUUGGUUAUUGAUUAUUUCACAGUAUGGAAGAUUUAGCGACAAAAAACACUCGUAGAGGAGUAAAUGGACAGUCCAAAAUAGACGAAUCACCUCCUGUUGCUCACAGUGUUGACUCAUGCUGCAGAUCCUGGCUGAAACGCAUCAAGCUCUGCGUACCCGUUGACUACAAGAAUGAAACAGCUCUGCUCUUUAAACUGGCAGGACCUGUGAUUAUUUCACAGUUGAUGAGCUUCCUGAUCGGCUUUGUCAGCGUGGUGUUCUGCGGUCACCUGGGGAAGACAGAGCUGGCAGGGGUGGCAUUAGCAAUAGCAGUAAUAAAUGUCACAGGUAUUUCCAUUGGCUGCGGUUUGGCAUCAGCAUGUGAUACUCUCAUAUCUCAGACUUAUGGGAGUGGUAACUUUAAGCGUGUGGGAGUGAUACUCCAAAGGGGAGUUUUAAUCUUGCUUUUGGCCUGUUUCCCCUGCUGGGCAGUCCUCAUUAAUACUCAACCGAUUCUGCUGGCUGUCAAGCAGAGCCCAGAGGUCGCCAGACUCUCCCAGCUGUAUGUGAAGAUCUUUAUACCAGCUCUGCCAGCUGCCUUUAUGUACCAGCUGCAGGGGAGGUAUCUCCAGAAUCAGGGCAUCAUGUGGCCUCAGGUGAUAUCUGCAGCCUUUGGGAAUGUUUUAAAUGCAAUAAUCAACUACAUCUUCCUAAAUCUUCUGGAUCUGGGUGUCGCUGGUUCUGCAGCUGCCAAUGCCAUCUCACAGUAUUCCUUGGCUGUGUUCUUGUUUGUGUACAUCUGCUCCAGAGGACUACACAAAGCCACCUGGGAUGGUUGGUCACAAGAUUGCCUGCAGGAGUGGGGUCCUUUCCUCAAACUGGCCAUCCCCAGCAUGCUGAUGCAUUGUCUGGAGUGGUGGCUGUAUGAGAUCGCAGGGUUCCUGGCCGGUGUCAUCAGUGAGGUCGAGUUGGGAGCUCAGUCUAUAGUUUACGAACUGGCUGCUAUUGUUUACAUGUUUCCAAUGGGCUUCUCUGUUGCUGCUAGUGUGCGGGUUGGAAACGCUCUUGGCGCAGGGAACACAGAGCAAGCCAAACUGUCCAGCAAGGUCUCCCUCAUCUGUGCAUCUGCUGUCUCAUGUCUCACUGGAGCUUGUCUCAUUGUGUCUAAGGAUGUGGUUGGCUACAUUUUCACCACAGAGAAAGACCUCAUACAGAGGGUGGCUGAUGUCAUGAAAAUGUAUGGUUUCGUCCAUAUUGCUGAGGCGUAUGCGGCUGUGGCAGGAGGAAUAGUCAGGGGGACAGGGAAGCAAAUCAUUGGUGCUGUGUGUAACUUGGUGUGUUUCUACAUCAUUGGCUUCCCCAUCGGGGCAUCUCUGAUGUUCCCUGUCAAACUGGGCAUUGUAGGACUGUGGUUGGGGUUUUUAAUUUGUGUUGUGAUACAGUCUGCAUUUUUUACACUUUUUCUGUGUAAACUAAGCUGGAAGAAAGCCACUGAAGAAGCACAGGUAAGAGCAGGAGUCGACACUACAAAAAGGAACAAGAUCUUUGGGCUUGACAACAUGGCCCUGGACUGCAAUGAGAAACACUCAAAGACCAGUCGAUGCAGUUCUUUGAGUCCAGUGGAGGGGAAGCUGGAAACGCCCGGUGCAGGUCAGCAGACUUCAGAUGACGUGGCUCUGUCAGUCAGGCAGCUGGUGGUACGACGUGGUCUCGCAGUGCUGCUCGUCUUCGUCAUCCUCGCUGUUGGAGUCUUCAUUAGUGAGCUGCUCACCAGACUGCUCGAAUUAAAGGAAUGACCGUUAUUAGACCACAUGUGUGCAGCACAAACCAAAGCUCAAGUACAGUUCAUCAUCCCCUAGACUACACAUAUACAUGUGCAAAAAACAGACAACUACAGCAAUAACUGCAUUAGAAAGACUGGUAGUUACCGAGUAUUAAAAUCUUCUUUAACUGCAUUAAUUAAGUGGAAUUUUUGCACAGAAUUCAAAUGUAGGAGAUGAAAUCCACUCUGACUAUUAUUUUCUGUCAAUACUGCAUACUUAAGGGAUUGUCUUUAGGGUUAUCUUCAUAAAGGAGUUAUAUUACUACAGCAUCUUGUGUCAGUUUUCUCUAUUACUUUCAUCAAACAAAGUCAUUUUUUUUGGAUUGUUACAUUCAUCACAUUUUGGAAAAAUCUAACAGGAAACAUGAUGCGAAUGAAGCAGCCAAUGAAAAGCAUAGACGAAUAAACACUGUAUAGAAUUGUCUUCUUUUAUAAAAAAAAAAAAAAAAAAACCAUGCUGCGUAAGAUGGCUCUAAUCAAGACACUGAUGAAAUAUAUGUUCUCAUUAUGAAAUAUAUUGUCUGAAUGGAUGCCAUAGUUAGAAACAGCAUAAUUAAAUGCUGUAUUUGGGCUUCAGCUCAUCUGUAUGUGAUGUGUGGCUUCAUCAUCAAGGAUGGAAAAGAUGCUGUUUUUCUGGUGGUUUAUUUUUCUGUCCUUUGAUCUGUGUUGCCAAAUUUGAUGAUAAUGAAAGGUCUGUAUGCUCACACUGCAACAUGCUGGCUGGUUGAAGACAUGUCAAACUGAGCAAAUCAACCACCUGUUCACAGUGUGCAGGAGCAGAUAACCAGCUAGCUCAGGCUUCACACUGAAAGUCUGCUCAUAAAUGAAUAAUUCACCCUGGUUAACUGCAAACAAUUAACCACAUAUGAUGUUCUGAAAUACGCACAUGUAUGCUGUUUCUCUGCAGAAACAAUGCCUCAGGAGAUUAUUUGCAUUCUGUUGUAGAGUUAUCUGAGAAGAUUGAAACCAUUUGACAUCGCAUGAAACCAGUUAGUAGAGAUUGGAACAGAGGGAAAAACAGGGCUCAGACCAAAGUUCACAAAAUCCACCUACCAGGCCUUGAGAGGUCAAUAAUUAACAAGUUAUGUUCCAUGUGUUUAAUUCAUAUUUGUAGACACAUUUUGUUAUUGUGGUCAGAGCUAGAUGAUUCUCCCUGUUUUCAGUCUGCUAAACUAAGCCUAUCUAAGUGCUAGCUAUAGCUUCACAUGUAUUUCACAUUUGCCAUACAGACAUGAGGUUUAAGUCUUCCCAUCUUACUCUGACUUGAUAUUUAGUAGAAAAUUAAUAACUCAAGUUUUAAGGAAAGGGGCCUAUGGCAUGUCACCUCAUCAACUUUUUGUGGGUAGACAUUUAAAUAAAAAAAAAAAACUGUCCAAAUUACAUUUAAUCUCUAUUAAAUUGCAUUUUCAUUGCAAGGCAAAGGCUAACCACUGUGUAUGUGUAAUCUGGUUUAUUCAUUUCAGCAGGUGGUAGUCUCAAAUUUCAACUUUGGACCCACAAAGCACUGCACUGUGU